GCCGCCGGCUUCGGGCCUCCCUCGCGCGCGCGCGCUGCGCUGAGAGCGGGAGGAGGCGGCGUCGCUCCCGCCAUUUUCGCGGCCCCCUCAGCCGCCGGUCCCGGGCGAUGGCGCCGCUGCUGGGCCGCAAGCCCUUCCCGCUGGCCAAGCCGCUGCCGGCGGCGGCCACCACGACCCCGACCCCGACCCCGCCGGCCGAAGGGGAGCCCACCACCACCGCCACCACCACGACGACGGCGCCGGAGCCGGAGCCGGAGCCCCGCUUCGUCAUCGCCCACACGCAGGAGGCCUUCCGAAGCAGCGAAGAGUACGAAGCCCGAUUAGAGAAAUACGGCCAGCGGAUAUGGACCUGCAAGAGCACCGGAAGCAGUCAGCUGACACACAAGGAAGCCUGGGACGAGGAGCAGGAAGUCGCUGAGCUCUUGAAAGAGGAGUUCCCGGUCUGGUAUGAGAAACUCGUCCUAGAAAUGGUUCACCACAACACAAUCUCCUUAGAAAAGCUGGUCGACACCUCCUGGCUGGAGAUCAUGACCAAGUUUGCUGUGGGAGAGGAGUGUGACUUUGAGGUGGGGAAAGAGAAGGUGUUGCGGGUGAAGGUGGUGAAGCUGCAUCCUCUGGAGAAGGCGACCGAGGAAGAGGCGGCUGAGAAGAAGGCCGACGGGGCCUGCGAUUCCCCGUCCAGUGACAAGGAGAACUCCAGCCAAGUGGUCCAGGACAACCCAAAGGAAGACGACAGCAGGAGAGAGAGUCUGAGUGACCGGGCACGCCGAUCUCCUCGGAAGCUUCCGACUUCUCUGAAGAAGGAAGAGAAGAAGUGGGUGCCUCCAAAAUUCUUGCCGCACAAAUAUGACGUCAAGCUGCAAAAUGAGGACAAGAUCAUCAGCAACGUGCCGGCAGACAGCUUAAUCCGCACCGAGCGGCCUCCGAACAAGGAGAUCCUGCGCUACUUCAUCCGCCACAACGCCCUCCGGGCCGGGACGGGCGAGAACGCCCCCUGGGUGGUCGAGGACGAGCUGGUGAAGAAAUACUCCCUUCCCAGCAAGUUCAGUGACUUCUUGCUUGACCCACAUAAAUACCUGACCCUCAACCCCUCGACGAAGAGGAAGAGCGCUUCGUCCCCCGAUCGGAAGCCUUCCAAAAAGGCCAAGUCGGAUGGCUCUGCCCCGGGCCAGGGUCUGAGCCCCUCGCUGUGGUGCAGCGUGCACUUGAAGAAGCCGAUUCUGGGCUCCCCGCUGAAAGUCAAGAACUCCAAGAACCCCAAAUCUCCCACAGAGGAGCUGGAGGAGGUGAUGAAGAUGAUGUCUCCCGGGAAACUUGGCAACAACUUCAACAGGAAGCGGCUGGGGAAGUCUCUGGACCCCAAGCAGAAGAACAAGAGGCUGCUGAACGGGCAAAAGUCUUCCGGGAAAUCCAGGUCUCCCAGGAAGGAUUCCAAGAUGAAAAUGAAGCAGAUGACGCUGCUGGACAUGACGAAGGGCACGGCCAAGGUGUCGAGAGCGCCGAGGGGUUCGGGGGGCAGCCCCCGGUCCUCCAGCAAGCCCCCCAAGCACCUCCCGCCCGCGGCCCUCCACCUCAUCGCCUACUACCGGGAGAACAAGGACCGCGAGGACAAGAAGAGCGCCCUCUCCUGCAUCAUCUCCAAGACGGCCCGGCUGCUGUCCAGCGAGGACCGGGCCCGGCUGCCGGAGGAGCUGCGGGGCAUCGUGCAGAAGCGCUACGAGCUCCUGGAGCACCGGAAGAACUGGGCCUCCAUGACGGAGGACCAGCGGAAGGAGUACCUGAAGGAGAAGCGCGAGAAGAUCAAGGAGAAGCUGAAGGAGCGGGCCCGGGAGCGGCGGGAGAGGGAGCUGCUGGAGAAGCUGGAGAAGCAGAAGCGCUACGAGGACCAAGGCCUCCGGGGCAGCCCCCUGCCCGCCUUCCGGCUGGUGGACACGCCCGAGGGGCUGCCCAACGCCCUCUUCGGCGACGUGGCCAUGGUCGUGGAGUUCCUGAGCGGCUACUCGGGGCUGCUGCUGCCCGACGCGCCCUACCCCAUCACGGCCGUCUCCCUCAUGGAAGCCCUCUGCGCCGAGAAGGGCGGGUUCCUCUACCUGAACAGGCUCCUGGUCAUCCUGCUGCAGACCCUGCUGCAAGACGAGAUUGCGGAGGACUACCUGGAGCUGGGCAUGAAGCUCUCCGAGAUCCCCCUCACGCUGCACUCCGUCUCCGAGCUGGUCCGCCUGUGCUUGCGCAAGUCGGACCUCCAGGAGGAGAGCGACGCUUCGGAGCACACCGAGGAGGGCAAAGAGCUGGCGGCCUUCGAGGACGACGAGGUGCAGGACGAGUUCCUGGAGAAGCUGGAGACCUCGGAGUUCUUCGACCUGACCCCCGAGGAGAAGCUGCAGAUCCUGACGGCCCUCUGCCACCGGAUCCUCAUGACCUACUCGGUGCAGGACCACGUGGAGGCGAAGCAGCAGGCGUCGGCCGAGCUGUGGAAGGAGCGGCUGGCGGUGCUGAAAGAGGAGAACGACAAGAAGCGGGCCGAGAAGCAGAAGCGGAAGGAGAUGGUGGCGCGGAGCAAGGAGAGCGGCAAGGAGGAGAGCGGCCUGGGGAAGGGGGAGCCGCGGAGGAAGGGGGCCGAGCCCGAGAAAGCCGUCAAGGCGGAGCCCCGGGCCGAGGGCGAAGCGGAGGACAUGAUCAGCACCGUCAAGAGCAGGCGGCUGCUGGCCAUCCAGGCCAAGAAGGAGAAGGAGCAGCAAGAGAUGCAGAUGAGGGUAAAACUUGAGAAAGAAGCAGAAGAGGAGAGAAUUCGCAAGCACAAAGCUGCGGCUGAAAAGGCCUUCCAAGACGGCAUCGCCAAAGCCAAGCUGGUCAUGCGCAGGACGCCCAUCGGCACAGACCGCAACCACAACCGGUAUUGGCUCUUCUCUGACGAGGUGCCCGGGUUGUUCAUCGAGAAGGGCUGGGUCCACGACGGCAUAGACUAUAGCUUUACGCCUCCGAGUGAGGAAGAGGAGGAGGAGGAGGAAGAGGAAGUGGACGAAGAGGAGGAGGACUACCAGCAAGACAUGCAGGACACCCUGGUGGAAGGCAGCGUUUUGAACACUCCGCAGGGGAUCUUGCCCAUUCCGGAAAUUCCCGUUGAGACCACGGUGCCCAAGCAAGGACAGAACCUGUGGUUUCUUUGUGACAGCCAGAAAGAGCUGGACGAACUGCUCGCUUGCUUGCAUUCGCAGGGGAUCCGAGAGAGCCAGCUGAAAGACCGGCUGCAGAAGAGGUAUCCGGACGUCGCGCAUUCCAUUCACUUGGCCCGGAAGCAGAACCCAGGCCUGAAGUCCUGCGACGGCAACCAAGAGCUGCUGAGCUUCUUGCGCAGUGACCUCAUCGAAGUUGCCACCCGCCUGCAGAAAGGGGGCCUGGGGUACAUCAGCGAGGCUGAGUUUGAAGCCAGGGUCUGCUCGCUGGAGAACCUGAGGGACUUUGGGGAGUGCGUGGUGGCCCUCCAGGCCAGCGUCAUCAAGAAGUUCUUGCAAGGCUUCAUGGCCCCCAAGCAGAAGAGGAGGAAACCUCAAGGAGAAGACGCGGCCGCCAAGGCAGAGGAGGUGGACGAAGAGAAGAAGGUGGCCGAAGAAGCCAAGGUCGCUUCCGCCGUGGAGAAGUGGAAGGUGGCCAUCCGCGAGGCGCAGACCUUCUCGCGCAUGCAUGUGCUGCUGGGCAUGCUCGACGCCUGCAUCAAGUGGGACAUGUCGGCGGAGAACGCCCGGUGCAAAGUGUGCCGGAAGAAAGGUGAGGACGACAAGCUCAUCUUGUGUGACGAGUGCAACAAAGCCUUCCACCUGUUCUGCCUGCGGCCAGCCCUCUACGAGAUCCCGGAAGGCGAGUGGCAGUGCCCGGCGUGCCAGCCCUCCGUGGCCAGGCGCAGCUCGCGGGGCAGGAACUACGCUGAAGACUCUGUGGAAGAGGAGAGCGAGGCCAGGGAGGAGGAAUCGGAGGAAGAGGAGGAAGAGGAGGAGGAGGAGGAGGAGGAAGACUACGAAGUCGCUGGAUUGAAACUGAGGCCCAGGAAAGCAGCCAAGGGCAAGCAAGGCGGCACAGCGGCAGACCCCCCGCGGAGGGGCCGGCAUCCAGGCAAGAAGCGGGGGCCACAUGCCCCCCGAGGCUCCCGGCAGCUGUCUGCGCCCAGCAGCGAGGCCGACAUCGACGAGCUGGUGCUUCAGACGAAGAAACUCUCUCGCCGGCAGACCCUGGAGCUGCAGAAGUGCGAGGAGAUCCUCAACAAGCUGGUCAAGUACCGCUUCAGCUGGCCGUUCAGGGAGCCGGUGACCACCGAAGAGGCGGAAGAUUACUUUGAGGUGAUCAGCAGCCCCAUGGACUUCCAGACCAUGCAGAGCAAGUGUUCCUGCGGCAGCUACCGGUCCGUGCAGGACUUCCUCUCCGACGUCAAGCAGGUCUUCGCCAACGCCGAGCAGUACAACCAGAACGGCAGCCACGUCCUCUCCUGCCUGGAGAAGACGGAACAGUGCUUGAUAGACAUGCUGCACAAGCAGCUGCCCGGCCACACGUACGCCCGCCGGAGACGCAAGCGGCCCGCGGCCCAGCCCGGCCCGGGGCUGGAGGAGGCCGACGGGGGCAGCGACCCGGACGCGCUGGAGUACGCGCGGGGGCGGAAGCGGAAGAAAUGAGGGGGCCCCCGCCGGAGCAGGCCUCCCCCGCGACGCAGCAGGACGGGCUGCCCAGGCGGAGCUGGGGGGUGGAAGCGGGCCCCGUCUCCCCCUGGGCUCGCUCCCCUCUCAGCCGCUCCCCCGAGUGCAACGCCGGAUGAGGAGCUCCUUGGCCGUGCCCUGCGCGGAGGCCGAAGAGGGGUCCGGGGCCGCCUCCGAAGCGGAGCGGCUGCCGCCCAGGGGCAGGCAGGAGGUCCGGCCCUCCGCCCGUUUGGAGGCAAGCCGGCCCGCGGGCUGCGCGAUGGCGUUCGUAUUUAUAGGCGAUCCCCCCUCUUCCCCCCCCCCCCCGUGAGGAAGCCCCCGUGUAAAGUGGGCAAGCACUUACCUUCCUAGGGCAACCACCGUUCACCAGCAUCUCUGUGCAGACCAGCUUUGAGGGUGCUUGUCUCCCUCCUCUGGCCUCUUUAUUUGGGGAGGGGGCAAGGAGGGGUGCUCCUUCCCCCUCCCCCCCAGCACGUCCCCAAGUGCAGUGAGGAGCAGCGCGUUUGGGGCCAGGAGCGCGGCGGCUUCUCUCACUUUGUAAACCCCUUUUUUUCUAGUUAAGGAAAGAUUCUCAUUUCCAGCAGUGACCCUUGUACAAAAAAAGGCCUUGUAAAGAUAACAAUCGUCCCGGCUCUGAUAUGUACAGUUUCUAUGAGGAUGUGUUUGCUUUAUAUCUCCUUCCCCCCCCCCCCCCCGCCAGCCGCCCUUCUAUCAAACCCCCCCCCCCUGUUUUUUCUUAGAUAGAAGUAGUUGGACUCAGCCCAGGGGAACCCGCCAGGGUUGUACACUUUGUAGACCUGCUCUGGGCGCCUUUUAUAGCUAUCCCCACUCACCCACCCACCAGCCUGCCUCUGCUUCUUCCCCUCCUCAUGCCGGACUCCGGGUCAGGUCAGCGGAGGCUCUGACCUCGGCACAGUGGGAGGCAGGGACCUCCUGGGGGGAGCCCCGUGCCGGCCUGGGCCGCCUCCUUGAGGUUUCGCCUCCUUUCUCAGAGGAAGCUUCUCCGUUUACCUGUUUCCUCCCAUUUCAAGGAGCUUCCCCCCCCCCUUUGGUUUUGAGCGUGAGGCUGUGGGAUUGUGGGCCAGGUGGGAUUCUCAUUCUGCUCUGAGUGAGCCCUGCCGGUCCAGCGUUGGAUGCCGAUCGCCCCCAUCUGGCAUUAGGGGUCCUCCCCGUCUCCCUCCCUUCCUUCUGGGGAUGAACUUCCCUGGAUCGUUCCUGCCACGGACACCCCCUUUUCGCCACCUCACUUUGGCUCGAGCACUGAGAUCCCUCAGUUGCAGCCUGCCUGCUUUCUCGCCCUCCUGUUUCUGUUCUGUUCUGUUUUUUGUUUUGUUCUUCAAUCCCUACACAAUGGAAACUUCUGGGACAUUUUUUAAGAGGUUGUUGUUUGUGGGAGGGAGGAUUCUGCUAAGGGCUGUACUUGUAAUAAAUUGGAAAUACAAAAAAAGAGCGCGCGAGAG